CUCCGCCAAUUCUCGGGAAGAGGCUGAGGCUCCACAGCAGCAGCCCUGGAAACGCCGCAGGCCGGCCCGCUGGCAGCCUGGUUCCCAGCUGCUGCGGAGGCAGGCGGAGGGCGCCCGGGCUGCAGAGUGCAGUGUUCCGCAGAAACAAAGGCAGCAAGGCUCUAGGCGCGGCGGGGGGCGCACAGGUGCCCUGCAGCCCGGGGGAGAGAGAAUGCUGGUCGGUCUCCUCCUGCAAGCUUUCCUCUGGGUCUCAGCCGACCAGGACCAGCGUACGCCUGAGCUCUCACUAGGGAUGCUGAACAGUUUCCAUGAUCAGUCGAAUUCCCAGGCUCCUUCGAAGAUGUUUCGCAGUCUAUUGUCACGCCAGGAUGAUACAAUCGCUCUUAAAAUCAACACAUGGAGUCAAAGGAACUGAACUUUCCUGGGUUUCCAGCAAAAGGAAAACUGAGCUCAGGAGUAUCCCUGAGCCCUUUUUGGACUGCCUAUAUCCCAGCAUCAGUUUCUUCCUGGAAUAUAGCAUUUGCCACUCUCUGGGUUUAUUAACUCUCCUUCCCUCACGGCUUUCUUUUUAUGGCCCCAGGGGGAGGGGGAGAAAGGAGAUUGGUAUCUUUCUGAUAAAAAUGCAAUUGUAUAAGUACUUCUUUCACUUGAUACUACAGGAGCGAAAUAUUACAUUUCCACUCCUGGAUUUAAGAUAGGAUUGCUUACUGAAAAGGCAGUCACAAUGGGAAAUAUUUCCAUCUUCAAAUUAAAGAAUUAAUUGGAGAAGGGACCAAAGUCAGAAAAUGCGAACCUCAGAGCUGCUUCCCCAUCAUCACCCCGCUCAGAGUUGGAAGUGAAGCACUGCCUGCAUUUGGGGCAUCAGGAGAGUCUGAUGUAAGAAAUUAAGCCCCCAUCCCUCCUGGAUUGUAUCUUUCAGAGCAGGAAUGAAAAUGUCGCCAUUUUGUUUGCAAUCCAAAAUAUUCAUCAUCAUGGCCUCUACUCUCCCCAACCCCCAAACUAUCUCAGAGAAUCCUUAGAAGUGGGCACAGAAGCUAUUUCUGGAUACCUGCUGCAUCUCAAUGAGGUGCUUUUAGGGAACCUUCAGGUUUUAAGAAAAAGGAAAAGGAUCUAAGGAGGAUACAAAAGCAAGCAGCUGCAGAGAGCUGGGUGUUUCUCUCACACCCAGAGGUGCUUUCUCCACAUUUGUUCUGCAGUUCCCAAUGAUAUAUGUUUUUUUCUUCAAAGAGUUUGGCCUGUGGGGGAAAUGGAUUUGCUUUUCCCACCUCAACCUCUCUCCAAAAUAAGGUGCCCACCAGAGGUCGGAAAACCAGUCUUUGUGAGAACUGGACCUUCUGCCUUUUGGUCAUUCAUACUGGGCAGAUACAAAAAUCUUCUUUUUAAGCAAGCAUUUGAGAGACAUGUAUAAAAUAACCUGGGAAAAUAAGGUGCACUAUCGGUAGGGAGUGAGGGCAAGGAAAAGGAAAAGAGAAGAGGAAGAGGGAGUAGGAGAGAGAGAGAGAGAGAGAGAGAGAGAGAGAGAGAGAGAGAGAAUGGAUUUCCACCCAAAGAUGAAACUCUUUCAGGGAUACCAGUAUUUGAAAUGAUUUCUAAAAUAUACUCUUUAGCUGAGGAAAGAAUGGUUUAGAACCUUCCUCCUUUCCUCAGGGCAGAGAUUGUAAAAAUGAGAUUCUAAUAUGAUCUUCCAUAUCUUGCCAGUCAAGACAUUCAUUUUGGCUUUCAAAGAAAAAAUACUGAUUUCACCCUCAGCUUACCAGAUAUUAAAAAGAAAUCCUUAUUAAAAUAUCUCCUGAGUUAAAGUAAUAGAUCUGGGGAAGAUUUCGAUGUUGAGCAGUCUCAGAAAAAGGUUUUCUUCCAGAUGGUAUUUGAAUUAAGGCAGCUGAGGCAGGCAGAAAGCUCUCACCCACGCAGCUCCUGACAAAGCCAGUAAUCUGGAGGCAGCGCCGCUCCCGCUCUGCAACUCCCCUCCCCUUCACCUCUCAGGAUUUUUGGGUAAAAGCUAAUACCCAGAGCCCACUACCCCAGAAUCUGCAAAGCACCUUUCCUAAGAGCAGCCCUAUAUGCCUUUCCACUGCCAAAAAAUGUCUUUUAAAAACUGGUUUUCCUUGUUUACUUGCGUUUCCUGCUCUUCUCUUUGCUCGGACACAUUUGAUCUUGGAAAGAGCUCGAAGCUGAAAUGUGUUCUUAAGGGCCAGAAGCUGUCAAGGCUUUUGGUGAGCAAGAUUGAUCGCACCCAGACUUCCUUCAGAGCUUUGUUUGGAAUAAAAGCAAGAAAACUGAAAAACUUCACAUUUUCCAAAAUACCAUUUCUAUCUGCAAGGCAAAACUCUGGGCUGGUCAAAGUUGGAGGCCACUUUAUAUCUCAUUUUCAACUCAAAUCCUCUUUGAUGCAGGCCUCAGAGAUGGAGUCCUGCUCUUGCUUCUUGGUCAGCCUUUCUUGUUUCUGCGUAUUUUUCUCCCCCACCAACCUCUCUCUCCUUGGCCAUCAGAAUGAUUUAUUUUCCUGCCACUGAUGCCUGCCGGCCAGAAGGAGUCUGAUCACUUUGGUCCAUUUCAAAGGAAGCAAAAGCGAAUCACCAUCCUCAGGGUUGGGGGGGCAGAAAGAGGUGCCUUCAGAGCUCUCUGUCUGUCUCUCUCUCCCUCUCUCCCCCUUCUUUCUGGCUUGAUGGCUUUAGGGUAAUUUUUUUGAUAUCUAAAAGUGUUAUCUUUUGAACCCUCCAGCACUGUCCAAGAUACACUCAAUCUCAAGUCUUGGAACUGGGAAAAAAGAGAACGAAGAAGGAAGAACCUUUAUAAUCCUCCUCGGGUUGCCCUCUCCCGGCAAUGCUCUUUCCCACCACAGAACCCGGGUGCAAACCUGUCUGGUGCCCAAGGAGUAGAAAGGUGUGGGAAGCAAUUCAGGCUGCUAAGGAGCCCUCGCUGCAUCUGAGCCAACCAGCCCCCAAGCAGAGCGACGAGGACAAGGAAAGGGGUAGGGGAAAGGAGAGGGGCACAAACGUCUUCUUCCUUCCUGCCGAUAACUUGCAACAGACUUCCUGGAAAUCGGAAAUACUCACCACACCCGAGCCCUAUGGGUAUGAAACCCAGAAUGCCAGGAGCCGCACGCGCCUGCUCCGGGCGGCAUUUCUUUGGCUGGCCGCCGCCCUGGCUACGGGGAUUUGGACACAUGGACCUGGUGUUGCUGUCUCCCUUGGCACAUGCAUCUAUCUUUCUCCAGCCACUCCUGAGAAGUUGAUGGCGCAGGGAGGUCGGGAAGCUUCGAGAGCCGCCUCCCCUUUCCCGUUUUCCGCUUCCCGCCGGAGCCAGAUGCAAAGCUGCCGUGGAAAAGCCGGCUAACAAUGGGCCAGGGCCGAGGAUUCCAGGCUGGACACUAAGAGGGGGGCGAGGAGCUGCGGGGGGAAGGAGAGGCGGACAGAAGAGAGUGGGAGGGGGAAGGGGAGAGGAGGAAAAAGAGGGAAAGAAAAUGGGAGAGGAAGGAAAACAGACUGAGGAGGAGGAAAGGAGAGGGAGAGAGACAGAGACAGUCUCAGCGAGAUAUCAGUUCUGAGAUGAGUUACUGGUUUUAAGAAAAUUAGAGGAGGAAAGGGAGAUAAAGGGGAGUUCUCCCAAAUAUUUCUUCUCUGUUCUUUCUCCUUCCCUCCCUCCCUUUCUCUUUCUUCCUCUCUCAUCUCCUAUCUCCUUCUGUUCCUUCCUCUGCCGUAGCAGAACUUAUGUGGCUGGGAUGUGGGGGCCCUCGGGUGUCAAAACUUUGAAGAUUAAUGGAUUACUUUGUUAAUGACUGCAGGCGUCAGAGUGAGGUGCUUAAAUGAUUUGUGAGGUGCGAGGCGUCUUCCCGACAGUCCCAAACAAUGCGCGGAGUGUGCGGGGGAGGCGGAGGGCCGCCGCGCGGGACCGGCAGCGGGCUCACACUCGCACGCUCCCGGGCGCACACACUAGGUCCUCGCUGAUCGGGAGGCCGGCAGGCGCCCUGGCCCCGGGCACUCCUGGGCACUCCCUCCCACAGCCACAUUUAUGUAUUUUUGCCAUGAAAAAAGUGUAAAUAAAGCCUUGCUGGCCCCCAAUGAGGCGUUCCUUCCCGACUUUUUUGGAUCAAUCAAACAGACAGUGGCUUCUUUUGAUUAAAGCCCAAAUUGUCAUUGGGCAGAAGCAAUCAUGUGACAGCCAAUUCGGUCCAAUUUCAACCUUGUCUCCAUGAAUUCAAUAGUUUAAUAGUAGCGCGGUCCCCAUACGGCUGUAAUCAGUGAAUUAGAAAAAAAACACCCCAGCAGCGAUCUUCUAUGAUAGAUUUUUUUUCCCUCCGCACUCGCCUUUUUCCUGGGCCUUGCCCCCCCAAAGCCCCUCCAAAAGAGGGAACUUUUUCUCCAAGGGGGCUCCAAGGAGAAGGCCAUGAAUUACGAAUUUGAGCGAGAGAUUGGUUUUAUCAAUAGCCAGCCGUCGCUCGCUGAGUGCCUGACAUCUUUUCCCCCUGUCGCUGAUACAUUUCAAAGUUCAUCAAUCAAGACCUCGACGCUUUCACACUCGACACUGAUUCCUCCUCCUUUUGAGCAGACCAUUCCCAGCCUGAACCCGGGCAGUCACCCUCGCCACGGCGCGGGCGGCCGCCCCAAGACGAGUCCCGCGGGCAGUCGCGGCAGCCCGGUGCCCGCCGGCGCCCUGCAGCCGCCCGAGUACCCCUGGAUGAAGGAGAAGAAGGCGGCCAAGAAAACCGCGCUGCCGCCCGCCGCCGCCGCCGCCGCCGCCGCCGCCACCGGCCCUGCCUGCCUCGGCCACAAAGAAUCCCUGGAAAUCGCCGAUGGCAGCGCUGGGGGAUCGCGGCGCCUGAGAACUGCUUACACUAACACACAGCUUUUAGAGCUGGAAAAAGAAUUUCAUUUCAACAAGUACCUUUGCAGACCCCGAAGGGUGGAGAUUGCAGCGUUGCUGGAUUUAACUGAGAGACAAGUGAAAGUGUGGUUUCAGAACCGGAGGAUGAAGCACAAGAGGCAGACCCAGUGCAAGGAGAACCAAAACAGCGAAGGGAAAUUUAAAAGCCUUGAGGACUCGGAGAAAGUGGAGGAGGACGAGGAAGAGAAGUCGCUCUUUGAGCAAGCCCUCAGCGUCUCUGGGGCCCUUCUGGAGAGGGAAGGUUACACUUUUCAGCAAAAUGCCCUCUCCCAGCAGCAGGCUCCCAAUGGACACAAUGGCGACUCCCAAAGUUUCCCAGUUUCGCCUUUAACCAGCAAUGAGAAAAAUCUGAAACAUUUUCAGCACCAGUCACCCACUGUUCCUAACUGCUUGUCAACAAUGGGCCAGAACUGUGGAGCUGGCCUAAACAAUGACAGUCCCGAGGCCCUUGAGGUCCCUUCUUUGCAGGACUUUAACGUUUUCUCCACAGAUUCCUGCCUGCAGCUUUCAGAUGCAGUCUCACCCAGUUUGCCAGGUUCCCUCGACAGUCCUGUAGAUAUUUCAGCUGACAGCUUUGACUUUUUUACAGACACACUCACCACAAUCGACUUGCAGCAUCUGAAUUACUAAAAACAUUAAAGCAAAACAAAGCAUCACAAAACAAAAACCCCUUUGACCAGGUGGUUUUGCCUUCUUUUAUUCCGGGAGUUGGUCUUUAUUUUAUUUUCCUUCCCUCUUCCUUUAAAUGGUGAGGAUUUUCUGUUCAGUGAUUCCCCUGACUCAGUUUCAGAGCCAUCUCACAGAUUGUGUUGGAAUUUUUUGUUGUUUUAAAUCCAACAACGGUCUAUGUGAUUUUCCUGAAAGCAAUAUACAAGGCCUGUAAGAAAGUGAUCAUAAAUUGUAACAUCACUUUCUUUUUAUUUUUGUAUUACAUUAGGAUGCAUUGUCAUGCGUAUUUUUGGUAGAAUAAAUUCUCCUUUGCUAUAAGUAGCUUUCUUAUUUUUUCUCCCCCUCUUUCUUAAGGCUUUUAAUGGUUUCUUUUUCUUUUUUUAGUCUAAUUCAGUAAAUAAAAUUCUGGUCACAAUUUA